ACGGCAGUGUGAGUGUUGUUAUUUUGCUGUCAUCAUGGCAAGCUUAGCGGAUGUCGGCUGGAAGCUGCUGGAGUUCAAAGCCAGAUCUAAGCGAUCAGGCUCCAUCUAUGAACCCCUUAAGCUGUCCAUACUGCACCGGGAGGAUGAGCCCCUUUGGGAGAAACUUGACCGCUUCUAUAGUGCAGUCAAGAGCACCAUAUUGAAUUACCAGAGCCCUACCACUGGCCUGUUCCCGGUGAAGACCUGCUCCACCUGUAAGGAGGCUAAAGUCAGAGACUCGCUCUACUGCGCUGCCAGCAUCUGGGCACUGGCAUUGGCAUACAGGCGCAUCGAUGAUGACAUGGGCCGCACUCAUGAACUGGAACACUCUGCUAUCAAAUGUAUGCGAGGGAUUAUGUACUGCUACAUGCGGCAGUCUGAUAAGGUGGAGAAUUUUAAGCAAGACCCGAGUCCAUCCACGUGCCUGCAUUCAAUUUUUAACGUGGACACUGGAGAUGAGGUUUACCCGUAUAAGGAGUACAACCAUCUACAGAUCGAUGCAUUGUCUCUGUUUCUCUUGUACCUGGUUGAAAUGAUUUGCUCUGGCCUUCAAAUAAUCUACAACACAGAUGAGGUAUCAUUUAUUCAGAAUCUAGUCUUCUGUGUGGAGAGGGCGUACCGUGUGCCAGACUUUGGCAUGUGGGAACGAGGAAGCAAAUAUAACAAUGGAAGCACAGAACUCCAUUCAAGCUCGGUGGGACUCGCCAAAGCAGCUCUGGAAGCCAUCAAUGGAUUCAAUCUGUUUGGAAAUCAGGGAUGCUCCUGGUCAGUCAUUUUCGUGGAUCUGGAUGCUCAUAACAGAAACAGACAGACUCUGUGCUCUCUCCUGCCAAGGGAGUCUCGUUCCCAUAACACAGAUUCAGCCCUCCUGCCCUGCAUCAGUUACCCAGCGUUCGCUGUGGACGAUGAUGCUCUGUAUUCCCAGACUUUGGACAAGAUAGUCCGCAAGCUGAAGGGCAAGUAUGGCUUUAAGCGAUUCUUAAGAGACGGCUUCAGAACAGCCAAUGAGGACAAGAACCGCAGGCACUAUAAACCUGCUGAGAUGAAGCUCUUUGACGGUAUUGAGUGCGAGUUUCCAAUUUUUUACAUCUAUAUGAUGAUUGAUGGUGUGUUCAGAGGAAACCCCGAUCAAGUCAAAGAGUACCAGGAGCUGCUACAAGCUGUCAUUUUCCAGUCCUUUGAGGGCCACGCAGUUAUUCCUAAGUAUUAUCAUGUGCCGGCGGACUUUGUGGAAGCUGAACAGAAGAAACACGGCAGCCAGAAGCGCUUCCCCAGCAACUCAGGCCGUGAUGGGAUGCUGUUCCUCUGGGGACAGGCCCUCUAUAACAUCGCUAAGCUGCUGGUGGAUGGUUUGAUCAGCCCAAAGGACAUCGACCCCAUCCAUCGCUAUGUGCCACGACAGGAUCAGAGGAACGUCAGCAUGCGAUACUCCAAUCAGGGUCCCAUUGAGAACGAUGUGGUCAUUCACGUGGCCCUGAUAGCAGAAAGUCAAAGAUUGCAGGUCUUCCUCAACACCUAUGGCAUCCAAACGCAGACCCCGCAGCAGGUGGAGCCCAUUCAGAUCUGGCCUCAGAAAGAACUGGUGAAGGCAUACCGCUUCCUUGCCGUCAAUAAGAAACUUGGCUUAAGCGGGAGACCGGAGAGGCCCGUUGGCUGCAUUGGCACUUGCAAGAUUUAUCGAAUCCUUGGAAAGACUGUGGUGUGCUAUCCAAUUGUCUUCGAUCUCAGCGACUUCUACUUGUCGCAGGAUGUCAUGCUUUUGAUAGAUGACAUUAAGAAUGCCUUGCAGUUUAUUAAGCAGUGCUGGAAGAUGCCUGGACGGCCUCUUUUUCUCGUACUUAUCAGAGAGGACAACAUUAAGGGGAGCCGAUUUAACCCCAUCCUGGACAUGCUGGCAUCUUUCAAGAAGGGAAACAUUGGAGGAGUCAAAGUGCAUGUGGAUAGACUUCAGACCCUGAUAUCAGGCGCUGUGGUGGAGCAAUUGGAUUUUCUACGCGUCAAUGAAGCUGAGAUCCCUGAAUUUAAGAGCUUUGAGGAGCUGGAGUUGCCCAAGCACUCGAAGGUGAAGCGUCAAACAAGCACACCCAAUGCCUCUGAUCUGGAGCAGCAGCCUGAGAUCAAUGACGAGGAAUGGUUCAAUAAAUCCACAUUUGAAAUUCUGCAGAAAUUCAACGAUUGUGACUGUCUGGCCAGUCAAGCCCAGCUGGCCAGCAUUCUCCUCAAAAAAGAAGGCCCUGAAUUCUUCAAUACAAAUGAGAAUCUUAAGGAUGAAUUGGAGAGAAUCUACAGAAGAGCUGGCAGCAGGAAGCUUUGGUCCGUUGUGCGCCUUGCUGCCAGUCUCUUAACUAAACUAGUGGACAGCCUUGCUCCGAGCAUUACUAGCGUUUUAGUGCAUGGCAAGCAGGUGACCCUUGGCCUGUUCGGGCAUGAGGAGAUCGUGAUUUCGAACCCUCUGUCUCCAGGAGUCAUUAAAGACAUCAUCUACAGCAAGUGCAGCCCUCACGGCGAGAGAGAGGCCGUACUGCAGCAGGAGCUGGUCAUCCACAUCGGCUGGAUCAUCUCCAACAACCCAGAGCUGUUCAGUGGCAUGCUGAAGAUUCGUGUCGGGUGGAUUGUUCAAGCCAUGAAGCACGAGCUGAAGAUUCGCGCUGGAGACAUGCCACCACAGGACAUUUACCAGAUGUCCCCUAGUGAUGUCAAACAGCUCCUGCUGGACGUCCUCCAGUCUCAGCAGAGUGGCAGAUCAUGGCUUAACAGACGUCAGAUCGAUGGCUCCCUCAAUCGAACCCCUCUCGGCUUCUAUGACCGCGUUUGGCAAAUCCUAGAGCGAACACGUAACGGCAUCAUGGUUGGCGGAAAACAUCUCCCUCAGCAACCCACUCUGUCAGAUAUGACCAUGUAUGAGAUGAAUUUCUCUCUGUUAGUGGAAGACACACUGAAAAACAUUGUUUUGCCUGAAUAUAGGCAGAUUAUUGUUGAGCUCUUGAUGGUGGUGUCAAUUGUACUGGAAAGAAACCCGGAGCUGGAGUUUCAGGAACCAGUGGAUUUGGACAAAUUGGUAAAGGAGGCUUUUGCUGACUUUCAGAAAGAUCGCAGCAAACUGGAGGGCACUGAGAAACGGGAUACCAUGGAGGCCUUCUACAACACACCAGCCCUGGGGAAACAAAGCACGUCCAGCUACCUGACCAAAGCAGUAAUGAUCCAGCUGCUGCAGGGAGAGGUGAAGCCCAGUAAAGAUGACCCGUGUUCUGUCAGCUAAAGCACCUCACGCUGCUGUCAGCAUUACUUAGACUGCCGUACAAGCACAGUCUUACUUACAUAGGAUUGCUUUUGUCUGGAAUAGAUGAUAUAGCAUAUAAAUAAAAAUCUAUAUUUGUUCAGGUCCCUGACCAAUGUUAUGACCACGUUUGCAUCUACUUUUUAAAACCCAGUUUUUGUGGCAGGAUUGUUCCUGCUGCGUUAUCAAUGCCAGAACACAACUUGAAAAUGUCUCACUGUAAGCUAUUGUUUAGAGGUCAGAAGACACUAAUGUCAAAUAGUAAGGUAUUGAACUACAGUAUAUGCAUGUCAUUAUUUCAGAAUGUGGGUUGACGUCUUAGAUGUUGUUGGUUUGUGCACUUAUAAGUCAAGAUGGUAACUGUUUUGCCAACGUUUUAAAGGGAUAGUUCACCCUAAAAUAAAAAUGUAAUCACCUUCAAGUGGUUCCAAACAUUUCCGAGUAUCUUUCUUCUGUUAAGUCUGCAAAACCUGUAACCAUUGACUUCCAUUGUAGGAAAAACAAAUACUAUUGAAGUCAAUGGUUAGCUUUCAUCAAAAUAUAUUGUUUUGUGUUCACCAUGAGAAAGAAACUCGUAAAUGUUUGAAAUAAGCAAACGGUCAGUAAAUGAGGACAUCAUUUAAAUAUUUGUGCACUGUCACUAUAAUUUAGAAAUUAUAUAUGCAAAUGUAUUUUAACAGUUGUGUUUACUUCAGAGAGCCUUUGGCUGCUAGUAUAUAUUGUGCAUUAUUUGCCUUCAUGUGUACUGUUGUAUGUUAGAUUUCUAAUAUAUAAAAACAUUUGAGUGUUUUGGUUUCUUCCUUGUACGAACAGAAUUUUCAGUCCGUCAUUAUUAAAUAAAUAUAUAUAUAUAUA